CUUGCACAGGAUAGAGUAGCAUGGAGAGCUGCAUCAAACCAGUCUCAGGACUGAAGACCACAACAACAACAACAACAACAACCACAUUCGAGGAAAUCAUUGAGAGUCACUCCUGUAGAGUCCCAAAACACAUUAGCCUGGCUUUGUUGCUGAUAGCAUUUGCAAACACUUCUUUGGUUUCUUGGGAGGAUGUGGGUGUCCCCGUUCCAUCAACUCCCUUUUUGUUUCACAACUGACAUGCUUCACCCAAUUUUUGUCCCCAGUUAUGAUAUGAUCAAUAACUUUUUUACCAUUUUCCUUGUAAUCUUCGAGGAAGGCCAGUGCUGCAGCAAGUCUCUGUUUAUUGUGGCCUUCCAUUAGGAUUUUGGGAAUCCACCUAGCACAAAAUUUGCGGUAACUAAACUUCUCCACCAUAAUUUCAUGUACCAGACUCCGUGGAAUUUGGGGAAAUGUUGCAAAAGUUCCGUAAUCGAGAAAUGAUGGUUUUCAUGGAUUUUGUUGUUGAUUUUCAUCACCGGUCACAAGUUCAUUAGUCACAAGGCUAGGCCUACAGGUGUGGUGGUGUGGUCCUCAUUGUGAAUACUGGUACGGCCAUUUUUAAAAUCAGUGCACCAUUGCCUCACUUGGCUUUCACUCAUUAUUCCUUCUCCUUACACAUCACAAAGGUCAUGAUAAACUGCAAUUGGUUUGCAAUUUUUUGUGGACAAAAACCUAAUUGCAGAAUGCAAAUCACAAGUGACUGGAUUUUCUAUUGCAGCGAGCAUUUUAACACAGCACAGAAAGCAAAAUAACAGAGACAGACCAAAUGCUACCACUGCUGGAUGUGUAUUGAGUGUGUGGAAGUUGUGGCACCUAGGUAGUGACUGUAGUCCCAUCCAACAUGAUAGAUCACAAGGCUGUUAUUUUCUGGAUAGCCCUUGUAUUUAGCUUCCAACUGCAGAAAUCGCCCACUGAUGCUCAGAAAAUGAUGCAGCAGAUAUAUGGCAAGGUAUCCUUUCUCAAUCAGCUGUUUUGUAAUGACUUAAAACAAACCAAGGGAGACCUAGCUUUGACUGUAAAAUUAAAAUGGUCAAGUAUUGUGGCCCCUACAGUCGACAAGUUUGUGAUCGAAAUACUUACUAUCAUUGUCAGGAAAUGUCACCAAAUAACGAAGAAUACACCAGCAUUGUGGAAUACAUCUGUCGCCUCAUUAAUGCCAGAAAGCUACUACCUUAUCUUAAAACUUAAUGUGUGUAACAUUAAAAUUGCAUUUAAAAUCACUACUGUGAUAACAAAUUUUUACCCUUCUAUCAGAGUUUGAACAGGAAGAAGAGUUUCAUUUUUAUUUCUAUUAUAAUGUUGAAGUUGCAUGUUAAAUAUGUAUGUGGAUAGGAAACACUCUUAUGGUUUCUCUAUGUUUCACU